CUGUUGACUUGGACUGACCGACGUCUGAUCGUUUGUAGGAAGGCUUACGCAUCUCCAUCGCUCCACGAAAAUCCUCAAGCUUCUCGUGCUCCUCACAUCAUGCCUCGCCCCAAAGUCCCCGAGAGCCAGCGUCAGCGUGCUGCUGAGGCCUGUAAGUUCUGCCGCGAGGCCAAGAAGAAGUGCAGCGGCAUUGCACCUUGCACUCAAUGUGUUCGCCGUGGUCUUGAACCCGACUGUCGCAUGACGUAUCUACCCAGAGGUUCAAGAACGAUAAGGCCCUCAAUUACAAGGGCUAGUACUGCUGGUGGGCGAAGAUCACGCGCAUCCUUCGAGCACGGUUCUAUCACAGUGUCAACAGCCGCUUCCGGGUCAUCAAAAACUCGUCCGCGACGGCAUAUUGAGAUUGACAAGGAACCGUCUCCAAACCCAUUCCCAAUGUCUCCUUCAGUUUCUCAACAAGAAUCCGAAGAACCCUGUGUUGAUGCGCAUCAAAGUCCCAUGACACCUCCUCGAGAAUCACACACCAGAGAGGGUACUCAGCCAGAAUCCUCUCUACUGGCCAAUCCAAGUAGAUUACUCCGGAGUGCCCACGGUGAACAAGUAUUCGUUGGAGGCGCUGCAGCAAUUUCGUUCCUUCAAACCGUUCGACAAGUGGUGGUGAGACAGAUUGGCCCCUCACCUUUCUCUCACAAUGAUGGAAUGGAAACGAUGCUUGAGGCCGCGUCUCCGGAGGCAAGGCGGUCGAUCUCAUCAGAUGAGGUCGUGGACUUGGGCGAUCAGCAACGACUCGAUUACUUGAAAUGUUACUAUACAAUCACGGAAGGUCUCAUCAAUAUUCUAGACUCUGACGAUCAAAGGGAGUUAAUGUGCUUAACCGACAGCAUCUCUAUCGGAGUUACAUCACCCUUUGACGAAAAUGCUUCCGCUGACAAGGCGGCUUGGCCAUCAAAACAAUCAUCGCACCUCUCAGAUGCCAUCAGGGACAUGGUAAUGGCAAUAGGAGCACAGUGUAGCAGCGCACUAGAAGCUCAAGAUCACAGCUUCACAUUCUUUCGCAAAGCACAGCGACAAGCAUUCUCUGGACUGCUAGAAGAUCCAGACUUAGACAUGGUCAGACUUUUCUUACUCAUGGCAUUCUAUAUGCUUGGGAAUUGCCGCAGGAAUACAGCGUAUAUGUACAUAUCCAUUGCUGUAAGGGCUGCUCUUGCACUUGGCCUUCACAGUCAGACUAUGUAUACGUGUGAGCCGAAGUCCCAUCAGUGUGGACUUUUGAAAGUCUGGAUCAGUGUGCGAAUUCUAGACAAGCUAGUGAGCUCUCUCUUGGGCCGGCCUGCCGCCACGGCAGGAACGGAUACUAGGCCUCUGAUCAGAGAUUUGGCACCCGAUUGCGACUAUGGAUCGAAAUAUCUUGUGGCAACGUGUGAGAUUGUUGAAGUCAUCAAUGAUAUCAACAACAUCUUAUAUCACGGUAAAGAUGUCACGGUUCCCGUCGUGGAACAGCUUCUGGUCAAUAUAGAUAGCUGGAAAAGGAAUCUGCUCAUGCCCUUGGAAGGCCCGGAAGAGCCUGAAGCUCUGGGAGACUCCAUCGAAGCCAACCGAAUGGCCGUUGCCAAGAUCCAUGUAUCUUGUCUGUAUUAUUUUGCUGUCACACUAGCAACUCGGCCGAUAUUCAUCUCCUCCCUCAACAGUCAAGCAGGAAACAAGAUUCAUCACCCGCCGCUAGCCGCGGCGUGCAUCGAAGCUGCCGUGUAUCUGGCACAAACUUGUGCUGACGCUCUGAAGGCUGGGCUACUCGAGAGAAGCAUGUGUAUCCUGAAAGCUUUAGUAUUCUCUGCAGGACUCAUUCUCGGAGUAGAGUGCUUCGCAAAGGUCAGCAUCGAUCUCGAGACCGAUAGAGCAUUUCAAGGAGCCAUGGACGUUUUAAAAUUUCUUGCUGGCCAAAGCCCCCAGGCCGCACAUUACCUGGAAAUAUUGAUGUCGUUGGCUACCGCCAUCACAGAGCGUCGCUCAAAGUUGAAUAAUGCUGGAGGCAGUCGUUACGUCUCAAGGCUCUUCAGCUUGGAGAGCCUAAGCAGUGUCAGCGCUGGCAACCCGGAGGGACAUACGGAGGAGGAGCCAUCCUGGGCCUCAACUCGGGCUGUAACUGAACAAGGCUCUUUUGACGUUUGGCCUGGGGCUGACGGGGGGUUGUUAAACUGGAGUGAGCUCCAGUUUGACGAUAGCGAUCUGCACAUUGACUGGCAAAGCUUAAGUGUAUUUUGA